CCCUUCAAGACCCAGUUUUUUCCGUCUGCCCUGCGUCACUCCCCAGUCGUCCUGAGGGAGAGGAGGCUGCGAGGCUGGACAGUUGUCAAGGUGCAUUUGACGCAGCAGCGUGAUGGGUAAUGAGGGUGGUGCUGAUGAGAGCAGUGACAGGGGUCGUGUGCCUCUGACACGCGUGAACCAGCUGCUGACUCCGCGGGACAAUCAGACAAAUCCAGCAGCCAUGGCUGUGGCUAACUUCCAGUACAUUACCCGGAUGAGCAGUGGCUUCAAGGUCUACAUUUUAGAAGGUCAGCCUCAUCUCAGAGGUGAAGACCGGUACAGACAUAUGGGGAACGAGCGACCUCGAGCUCCGGCUGUGUUUCCGAUCAAACGCAAGCGCAACUACGAGAGGGGCCUCACGUUGGAGGAAAGGCGAGAGCGGGCAAUAAACAGGAACAAGAUGACCCAGAGGGCUGGUCCAGUGCCUGCACCCUUCAGUAACCAGCAGAGUCCAUCAUCCCCACAGAGCCCAACGCCUAGUCCUACCAGCCCUUUCCCCCCCUACGUCUACUACACACCAGUCAGCGACGAACCCCUGGCACUCAUCAAAAAACCAAGGAAAGACCCUGAAAACGCAAGAGGAAAGACAACAGCCUCUGCUGCCACUCAGAUCCAGAUGCGCCCAUCGGUGAUCACCUGUGUGUCAUCAGUACAGAGCCCUUCUUCUAGACCCGAGGUCCGCAAAAGCCACUCCUCAGGAGACUCCGAUUCCAAUUACGAUCACGUCCUCGAGGAGCAUUUCCAGAGGAGCCUAGGUGUGAACUACCAACAAGCGCCCACCAAGGAACUUUCCAUCAGUGUGUCCGUGGACGACCACUUCGCCAAGGCACUGGGACAGGACAAGUGGCUGCAGAUCAAAUCCAAGUCAUCCUCCUGCUCCUCCACGCCUCCCAGUAGCCCCAGCAUCACCCACUCACCCACCUACAGCCACAGUCCCAGCCAUUCCCACAAACAGUCGCCGCUGACAUCCAGGCACUGGACCCUUAACUAAGCGGGAAUGGCACCGCUACUGAACUUUUUUUCUUUUUUUUUUACAUUUCAGCGCAAACGGUUCUGCCUGUCCACG